ACUUUUGGGUCGGGUCGAUGUUGGAGGUGGGAAAUGCCCCAGUAACGGUCCACCGAAAGGUUCAGGGCGGAAGACAGCCGCAGAGCUUGUCUUUAAAGCAGGGUUUAAGCUCCCGCAGAGAACUCGGCUUUCGCUUGGAGCCCUAGCUGCUGCUUUGCUCUUCCUCUCUUUCCCUGUUUAUUUCCAAGAUGAAGCUUGUCAGGUUUCUGAUGAAGCUGAACAACGAGACCGUCUCGAUCGAGCUCAAGAACGGUACCGUCGUUCAUGGCACUAUCACAGGAGUGGAUAUAAGUAUGAAUACGCAUCUGAAGACGGUGAAGCUUACGUUGAAAGGGAAAAAUCCAGUUACCCUUGAUCACCUAAGCGUGAGAGGUAACAACAUUCGUUAUUAUAUCCUCCCUGACAGCUUAAACCUGGAGACUUUACUGGUUGAGGAAACACCUAGGGUCAAGCCCAAAAAGCCGACUGCAGGGAGACCUUUGGGACGUGGUCGUGGCCGUGGGCGUGGACGAGGUCGUGGCCGUGGCCGUUAACUCAUGUCACUCUCUUGUGAAUUUUUGCAGCAUCUGCUUUUGCACCAGUAGCCUGCUUGCAUGGAGAAUAGUUGAUUAAUUUCCAAGCAUCAGGCCAGCAGGACUGUUUGUUUGUGGGAAAUUAUCAUUACAAGGCUCGUGUUCUGGGUUCUUAUCUUUCACCAUUACGUUGUUCUGAGUAGAAAAGAUUCUUUUGGGAAACAAUGGCAUUAGAUAUUGUGACUCAUUUUUAUGUGGUCUGAUGUGAGUUGAGGCUGCCCCAUAUGGUUCGAUGUUGAUUUGUCACCUUUGUUGAUAACUGUGUUGUUUCCGAUUUGUUAUAUAGACGUUGUGUUGUUGCUUUGGUUAACUUUCAACCAUAUGGCGUGAUGUACCGU